AUGGACGAAACUUUCAAAGUUUUCCACCGAGUUCUAUCUAUCGCCGGAAUUUCUAUCUAUGCGAAACGAAACUGGGAUUCCAAAGGAUGGCUUCUUCUGCAGAUUUUCAACUUCAUCCUUGGAUUUUUAACUUUUUUAUUCACGUCCGGUUUCGUGGCUUCUAAUGUGUCGAAUUUGCUGCUGUUUAUCCAGGGCGCUUGUAUCUGGACGACCGGGGUUAUCAUGUUCAUUACGCUGGGGGUCUGUCUGUACUUCAAAAGGGAUUUCAGGGCAUUCCUGGAGGAGAUCGCUUUCUCGGACUUGAUCCUGGAGAUGCCUUUGAUCGAGCACGUCGUUAGUCUGAGUCUGGCAAAAGGCAAGGUGGGGGAAUUGAAAACCAUGGUGUUGGAUUCGCAGAAGAAACUUCUGAAGUAUACUAGAAUUUUGUUCAUAUCUUACGUUGCCAGCGUUUGGUUGUGUGCCUCGCUGUAUUUAUGCACUCCAAUAUAUCUAAUGUGUGUAACUGGAGAUGAAAAUUUACGUCUUUUAGCGUUCGACAUGUGGUUUCCCUGGGGGUUGGAGAACUUCGCCGUGUUCGUCGCGUCCUUUAUAUUUCAUGCAUACGCUGGGUACUUGUGCUGUAUAGCCUAUCCUGGACUCCAGUCAACGAUAUUUUUCAUGGUCGGACAGAUCGUCCGCCAGCUUCGGAUUAUGUGCUUUAUAAUGCUUAAUUUGGAUGACCUAGCGGGAGAAAUAGUCGACGGAAACUUAGAACUCAGACAAACAGUUUGUACACAAAUUUUAUCACAGUGCGUAGCUCAUUAUGUGAAAAUAAAAAGGUUCGCUAACCGACUGAAUGUGAUAUGUCAGCCGUUUUACCUGGCGUUGGUGUUGGUCGCCGUGAUGUUGGUCUGCAUGUGCUCGGUGAAAAUCGCGAUAUCAGACAAACUUUCUAUGGACACGGCAAAGUACUACGUGCACGAGUUUUGUUUUAUUCUCGUGGUGCUACUAUUUUGUUCUCUCGGACAGCAAGUUCAAAAUGAGUGCGAGAAACUAGAAGUGGCGGUUCUAGAGAAGUGGUACAUAUUUAACGCCAAACACAAGAACAGCGUAAGGAUUUUUCAUAUGGCGCUCGGUCAGAGAAUGCCUAUUUAUAUUUUUGGUUCCGUGACACUUUCCUUACCAACAUUCACUUGGUUUAUAAAAACGGGAAUGUCAUUCUUUACCCUCGUUAUGUCAUUUUUAGAAGAACAGUAG